AUGCAAUUCUCCAAGUUUUGGAAUUCAUUGCCGUUUGUCAAGCCUCGAAAUGCGCCAUCAAAAGCAACUUUUUCCGAGUCGAAUGCCUUGUUAGCAUUCGGAAACUUAAAAGAUGAAAUAUCCAAGCAUCUUCAUGGACCAAAUCAGGUAGAUGAAUUGGGUGUUAUCUGGGACUUAAUUAUGCAAAUCAUUUUUGGAAAGCCUAUGGAUGAUUCAAAAUUUCUGAUGGAGAGACUUAUACAACUUAUGGCUACGAAAAAUUCGACCGAUCCCGAAUUUGUCCAUUUUUUGGAAAGGAUUCUGAUUACGCAAUUGUGGACCGACAUCACAAAACCGCCUACCAUGCUUGCUAAUUACAGCUAUCGUAGCGACGACGGUUCUCACUACAGCAGACUCGAACGCUUCAUACAACUUGGAAAAGCUGGUUCUCAUUAUUCGCGUUUUGCUCCCAUUAAGACACCCCUCAGUAAACUUCCUGAUGCGACUCAAAUCUUUGACAAUCUCAUGAAGCGUGAUGAGAAUGUCUUCAAAGAACAUCCUUCGGGCAUCAGUGCAACGCUGUUCUAUCUGGCCAUUAUCAUCACGCAUGAUUUAUUCAAUUCCGACCAUGGUGAUCCUACAAUCAAUAAAAAUUCCUCUUACGUUGACCUCUCUCCAUUGUACGGACGUAAUAAAGCGGAACAGGAAAAAGUCCGUACCGGUGUAUUAGGUCGUUUGAAACCAGAUACGUUUGCCGACUCACGGAUCCUAAUACAACCACCCGGCGUAGGUGCCCUGUUGAUUCUUUUUUCACGGAAUCACAAUUAUAUUGCAGACUAUCUUUUCCAAAAUAGUGAAGAUGGCCGAUUCAAGGAUCAAAAUAAUGAUGAGCAACUUUUUCAAACUGCGCGACUGAUUAAUUGUGGCUAUUUCCUGCGAAUUAUUCUCUACAAUUACCUUCGUACUAUCUUUUGUCUCGAACGAACUCAGUCAACCUGGAUCCUUGAUCCAACAAAACCGUAUGGUAAAAGUUUCUUGUUUGAGCCCUUACCUACUGGAAUUGGCAACCAAGUCUCUUUGGAGUUUAACUAUAUCUAUCGAUGGCAUCCGGCUAUCGCAGAAGAUGAUGAAAAAUGGAUCAACGAGGAGCUUAAGCGCGUACUAAAAACCGAUCAUCCAGAAGAUAUUGAUGUUGAAACAUUCAAGAAGAGGUUUGGCGAGUGGCUUCGUAAUCUACCUGCAGACCCUUCUGAAUGGACAUUUAAUAAUAUGAAAAGAGAUGAAAACGGCAACUUUCCAAAUAGUGAUAUUGCUAACGAGCUAAUAAAAGGAACAGAGAAGAUUGCUGGUGCUUUCGGAGCGAAUAAUAUUCCUUUGACCCUCCGCGUUGUUGAGGUUCUUGGGAUUCAAUCAGCUAGAGCUAUGGGAGUAUGUAGUCUUAACGACUUUCGUAAGGCUUUGAACUUGGUGCCCUAUAAGUCAUUUGAGGAAAUGACGGAUAAUAACAAAGUGUUGGUAGACAAACUCAAAAACCUUUAUGGCGACAUCAAUAACAUUGAAUUGUAUCCCGGUCUCAUGGUAGAAAAGACCAAGCCUGCUAAUGAAGUCGGCUCAGGAGGGCUCGCGCUCCCGUUUACCAUUAGCCGUGCUAUUCUGUCAGAUGCUACUAAUCUCGUACGAAAUGACCGCUUUUUCACAGAUGACGCUAACCUGCAUAAUAUAGCAUAUUGGAACUGGAAAAAUCUUGAACGUCCGGACAAAAUCGAGUCGUUGGCAAGCGGAGGUAUUUUACACCAACUCAUCCUAAAACACCUCCCUGAUUGUUAUCCCGAAAAUUCGGCUUUUGCUCUAUAUCCAUUCACCAUACCCACAAAAACUAUGUCGAAUCUGCAAGAACGUGGCGACAACUUGUGGACGAAGAUCGAUUUUAACAAACCUAACCCAAAAUGA